AUGCCGUCUUUUCAGGGUCCAUUACAAGAGCUAUUCCAGCGCGCAUCAGCAAGACUAAGUAGAGCCACUGUCAAAAGUCGUGAUCAGGCUGGCCUCCUGAUUGAGAGGGCAAAGAUCCUCGUUUUGGGCUCGGCAAACCCACCAAUUGCCGCUUCAAGCCAAGCCAUCUAUGACCCAGCGGCACAAUCGGCAAUAAAUCUGCUCAACACCACCGCUGAUUCAAUGGAGAACUCCGUCCCUCUAGACGUUCCCUCCAACCCUCGGAUGAUCGCCGAUGUUUUCACCCAGCAGACUCGGAUACUCGAUAGUGCUCACGAAAACAUGCGUGGAAAGAUGCCCCCAGGUACCAAGGACGCCACAGUUCUCAAGCAACAAGAGGCAGAAUCCAAAGAGCACGAUGAACAACGGUCUCUGCAAGCCCUUCAACAAGUCUCGCAGUCCUCUGUCGUCCGUUCCACCGCCGUGAGUCAAGCCGUGGCAUUCGAACUCCUGGAUAUGGACAACCACGACGAGAAAAAUGUAAUCAAACUUGAGCGCGACGUGUUCCCUAGUGGAAUCGCCAUAAGGCGCAGACUCGUGGAACUCUACGAUGAAAAGUUUCCUGACAGAUACUUUGCGUUCAAGCUCUGGUACGAGUUACCAAAGAGUCCGUGCGGCGUCAGCAGGCGGUUUUGGCAAAUAGGAGAGCAAUGUGGCGAAGUCCCAACCGAACAUUCUCGCCUCUAUUUCGUCAAUGUCGCUUUACCAAGUGGACCUCCUGGUACUCGGCAGUAUACUGUCGUAACCGUGUGUCUAGACGAGCACGAGGAGCCAUUUCCUGUCGAUUUGCCCGCGUCUGGUAACGUUCCGUGCUGCGACGGCUCGUGUCGGGAUAUUCAUGAACAUCUUAAACGAGUUUGGAGCUGUCGGCCAUGGACUAUCAAAUCUAUUCGACCGCUCGGAGCAAACGCCAAAGAUUGGUCACUGACUAAUAGACGCUUCAACGACGAUACACUCGCACCAAACGAAAAUACACUCCUUGUCUUCGUUUCACCCAAGGUACUAUGA